AACAAAGAUGGCCGCUGAUGCACUUCCGGCCGGCCGCUUCCUGUGAUACUACGCUGCCAUAUUUGUGACCGGCAGAGGGAGGACAGGACGUGACAGGAGGCUGAGGUGUUGCUGGCCAAGGUCCCGCGGGUCUGACCCCGAGAGCUUAAGACUUCACUCCCUUCAUAAUCUGCAAGAGAUGUUGGUGAGACAGCUCCGCAGAUGGGCCCAGCAGCACUGGGUACCCUGGAGGGCGUGGGCCAGCGUUGUGUCCCCGGCAGAGGAGUCCUCCGCCAGGGAGGUGUUUCGCACCAGUGAAUGUGACCCGGACCGGCACACAGAGGCACAUGAAGGACAGUAUUACAACCAUUCUCCCUCUCAGAAGGUUAGGACCACCUUCCCCUACGGUCUGCCGGCUCGGUUCCAGUUACAGUGCAAGACCUUCAAUGAGACCAGUCUGAUGGUGCGGAGCCCGGCCCUGGAAGUCAUCCAGUACCUGAGGAACACCAACUUCUCCCAGCCGGCCGUGCGCUACCUGCUGUAUGGAAAGAAUGGGACGGGGAAGAGCCUGUCGUUGUGCCAUGUCCUGCACUAUUGCCAGUCCCAGGGCUGGUUUAUCCUCCACCUGCCUGAUG